AUGAACCAUAAUAUUUCUAUCAACAUCACUGGAACUUAUCAACGAAGAAAGAGGUCAUUCUUGUCUCGGCUUUACACAGUAAAUAUCCACCUAGGAAUAUGAAAUCAAUACAAUUCUUGAUGGAAAAGACUCUUACCGCGUAUUUCGUCGCUAUAAAGAAUUUUCUUCUCUAAAUUCUGAAGUACUUGCUAAAUAGAUAUACAUUAAAAAUGGCGACACGUGUCAACCUGCCCUCUUGGCGCAGUAGUGCAGACCUUAUGGCUGCGGCGAACUGGGACGGACUCCGAGCUGAGAAUCUAGUGCAGGCUCUAGAGGUGUGUAUCCGGGUAGGUUUUGGCUGCUUUCCUGUGGUUGGAAAUGGAGGUGCUCGACAUUGUCCUUUGGAUCCAAGGACCCAUGGGCAUUCCUCUACCGAGAAACUGGGGGUUUCUGCCCAGGCCACAGGGGAACAGUCUUUUUCCUGUAGCUGUCGAAGAAAGGCACUUCGACACCCGAUAGACUCAAAGGAGUUGAUCCCUGGAAUCAAGCUACUCCAAUCGCCCGCAGGGCCGCAGAAAUCCAUAAGCCGCCCACUCAAGAUUGAAGCCUUAAAGGCAAGGAGGAGACAGAAGGUACCGGAAGGACACUCGCAAGAGGAUAGACCCUCUGGGCUGGAGUCGAAAAGCGGAUGAACCUCCCGUACGGGAGGUCUUUGGUGACUGCGUCACCAAUAUGGCUAACGCCUGACUUUAAUAACUAACUAACUAACUUGCUAAAUAGAUUGAAGAAAUUUUGGCAGAAAAUGCGAUUACACUACCAAAAUUCCCUAAAAAAAUAUUCAAUAAGCUGUCUGCAGCUGUAAUUUCAGAAAGGAGAGCAAAUCUCGAAUUGUGGCUACAAGAAGCUUCUGGGCACACCGAGCUGCUUUUACCUUUAUCUAAGUUUUUGAAUGUGCCUACUGAUGGCUUUGAAAUUGUCUCAACAAAUCGGCAAAAUUCUGUUUCGCAGGAUGAAAAUCUAAUUGUUGAGUUUUCAACAAAAGUUACCUCAGAAUCAAGGAACAGAUAUAGGGCUCUAGAAGAGUUCGAGUGGCAGUUUUUUUCUAAAAGAAGACUAGUAAGAAAUGAAUAUUUCGCGAUUUUACUUAAUGUGCUCAUUCCAUUAUGUGGGCUUGAUAAUAUUGGGUGUAAAGCCCUAGAUAUCUUGACAAAACUCAUAUCAAGUGACAGGUUUUGGGAUUUCAAUAAAGUUAAGCAAGAAUUAGUAAAACUUGGACCAGACUUUUUAAGCAAAAUGAAACUAAAUGACCACUUGAUGAGGAGAAUUCAUGGAGAAAGCCAGUGCUUGGCUUACGAAAUUUUAAAGGUUUUAGACGAGAAUUUCCAAUUAGCCAAAGAUAAUUUUGGUCUAAAUAUAGUGCUAAACAAUGAUCUUGAAGCAUUAGAAGCAUUUGAUGAAUGGGGAAGUGAAAAAACUAUCUGCAAAAGCUUGCCAAAAAUAUUAUCUCAUGGGAGCUUAGAUUGAAGAAGACUUAAAUGCAAUGAAAGAGACUCAGAAAUUUUUUAUAGGCUGAUAAACAAAGAGCUGGCAAUAAAAUGUGAAGUUAAUUUAGAGACAACCGUACAAAGGCUCAUAAGCAUCAUUACAGUUCCAGAAGAAAGGAAAAAAUGGGAUAACAAACUUAUAGAAAUGUCAAAAUUUGAGCUUCCUGAAGGACAGGCAGGGUAUCAUUUUCUUUACAAUUAUGAGCACACAAUGUACGAGCUUAAUUCAAUAUACACGAUUAGAGAGACUGAUGAUUACACACUUGUUCAGUUCAAGCAUACCAGCUCAUAUACAUUCAACAUGGCUGCUAUAAAUGGAAUCGUCGAAUCAAGCUAUCUGAUUGAAAAGAUGGAAAAUUCUGAGUCUCUUCUUAAAGAGGACUCAGAAGAAAUACUGGAACCUGUAAAUAAAGUAGAAAAACUCAAGCUAACCUGGUCUUCUCACUUCUGCGAUCGAUGCUCCAAGAUGUUUUUAUCUGACUUAGUCGACGAGUCUGAUAACUACAGGCAGUCUAUUCACCAAUUUAUUGUUGCAGCUGAGAAAAGAGAAGAGAAAACCAACCGAACAAGGAUUAAUUCAAUGGCAGCUGCUUUAGAGAGGAAGCAGCUAGCGAAAAGGCAAGCUCCUUUAUCAUUGUUUAACUUAGAUAGAAGCAGUUCAAAUGUAGCCUAA